AUGUCAGUGUACGUUUUGAGAAUUCCUCAUCACGCCCUUGGCGAAUUUUCGAAUAGUGACAAGGUAGUAAUUACUGGCAGUUUUGAUAACUGGGAACACACAAAACACGUCUUGAAGUACAACAGCAGCGACGGGAGUUACAACGUAGCGGUUCCCCGCGGAGAAGCGAACAGCAUAACGUUCAAGUUUGUUAUCAAUGAUAAAGAAUGGGUUAUCCUUCCUUAUUUCGAGACCCGGACCGACAGCAGGGGCUUGGUGAACAACAUUCUGCGGUGGCAGGACAACAACGAAGAAUGUCUCGACGACAUAACCAUUUCAAGUGUAAAGCCUGUUGACCGGGCCCUAUACACGUCUCUCAUUGAUACUAAUUCUGCGGCUACGCAGUCGGAAGAAGUACAAGCUCCUCUGGCACUUGGAGCGACCAAUCGAACGUCGCACGUCUCGCCCGUGGAACACGACUAUAUUCACGUGUCGUCUCAGGACGAGUUGAGCAGCACUGAGAAUCUGAACUUAACAGCACAUUACAGCAGCGACUCAGCUGAGAACCUGGAACUGUCGUCUCCUUAUGAAUCGCACCCUAUGCAGGGCGGAACUCCUCCGGCUUCCCAGAAGCGACUUCAGUCGCUCGUGUCUGUUGUCAAGCGCGUGAAAAUGUACUGGAGCAGCUGA